AUGAUUAAGUGGGGGCAUGUGGAUAUUUUGUGGAUAGUUUUAUUGGUGGGUUUUUUGUUAGUUGCAGUUAUGGCAACACAAAGGUAUUGGCUUACUCAACUAUGGGUUCGGGAUUCAGAAAAAGCUUCCCCAUAUGAGUGUGGAUUUGAUCCUUUUGGUUCGGCGCGGUGCCCGUUUUCUGUUCGUUUUUACAUGGUUGCUAUUUUAUUUUUGGUGUUUGAGGUAGAGUCUUUAAUGUUUUUUCCGGUUCUUCAUGCUAAAAGGGUGGGGGUAGCUACAGUUGAGUUUUAUAGGUGGUGUUUUUUAUUGGUUUUGGUUGUUGGGUUACUAUACGAAUUAUAUCGAGGCGCUCUAGAGUGGUCCCGGGACUAA